GAGUGAGAGUAAUCAGCUGGCUCCUUCUUAAUAGUCUAUUAGAGCCAAAUAUCUGUGACCUAAAGCUUUAAUCUUCAAACACCUACAUGUUAUAUACAUGUUAUAUACUGACUUUAUUAAACUCCAACAGUUUUGAUGAUUUGUGACCCUCUGAUCUGCUAUCUCCUGUCUUCCCCAGACAAAAACAGAGCAAAGAAAGUUGAUUCUCUAGUCUGAGUGAAUCCCUGAUGUUUGUUUUUACACCUACAGUGUGACUAUCAUGCUCACAAGUUCUGAGGACAGUCCUGUGCCAGGCUUCACUGAUACUGCCCAUCUGAGGGCGAUAUCAUGCAGACGCAAGAGUGCGCGCGAGCAAGUGCGUAAAGGGGGAGUGAGCUCAGUGCCACUUCACUCAGAGAGAGGGAGUAUAAGAAAGUCGGGUUGAGCCACAAGCUACAAGUCUACAUUUCACACGCACCUGACGACAGGAGGCAGACACCGAAGGAAUGCCCUCCACUGAGUCGCGGCCCAGCGCAACCAGCGCCAGGGGAUGCAUGCUGAAGGUGCUUUGCUGGCAGUGUGUGUAUGUGUGGUACCCACUGUUCUUCCUCCUGUCUUUGCCUGAACACACACACGCGAGCAAGACUCGCUGCGGCUGGGAGCUGCUGGCCGAUCUGGAGUUUGUCUGCGGAGACCGUGGCUUCUACCGGGGUCGAACUGGAGGUCAACGAGGCAUAGCUCGUCCACGAGUGAAGGGCAUCGUUGAGCAGUGCUGUGUGAAAAGAGGCUGUGACCUGCAGCACCUGGAAUCCUACUGCGCCAAACCCAAACGAACGCGCCGACAUACAGCUGACACAGCACAGCAGACUACGGAGCUGAUGUUCAGAGACCUGUUGCUGAGGAGGUACAAGCAGCAGGCCACACACAUGACAGACAGAGACGCAGAGAGAGCACACUUCAUGAAGACCAGCAGAGACCUGCAUGAACCACCAAUAAAGCAACCUCCAUUACCUGAGCGACCGCAGGAUGACGCUCCUUUACAACACAAUGGCAGCUCAGCAACAGAACAACACAGCGACAGCAGCCCGCCCUUACAACACAACAACCAGCCCACUGAAAGGACCCGUUUGCCUGCCUUUGAAUAACGGACACUAUGGUCAACGGUCAACUUGUACCUGCUCAAACAGACAUUGGGUGUGGGGGCACAUGUACAGGUGCCACGGAAUGAAGCUGAUGGUGAGAGGGACAGAAGCACGUCUGAUGCACAUUGAUGAGGGUAGAGUGUAGGCACAUGGAUGAAGUGUGUGUGUGUGUGUGUGUGUGUGUGUGUGUGUGUGUGUGUGUGUGUGUGUGUGUGUGCGUGUGUGUGAGGGUUUCUACAGCUGGACUGUUCUUUUCCUCUCUUUCUAUUUUGUGGGAUCUGUUCACUCAAGACUGUGCCCUGUUGUCACACCACACAGAGCUUUCUGUAGCUGCUGCUGAGGGAACGGAUCUGCUUCAGACACAUGGAUGUGUGAUGUGAGCUAUCAACAUAAAUGUAAGGCCACUGACAGGUGUUUCACAGGGGACAGAAACCAUUUAAGAGGAUGAUGAACACAGUCUUCCAUCUGUCCUCGCUUGCUGAAAAAAAAACAUAUAAAAUGACAGUUUAUUAAGUCCAUAAAUAAUUACCAUCUAGCCUCACACCUAUGUUGGUAUCUACUUUGCUGUAUCCUUACUCUUAAGCUGCUGUUAUCCUCUAGAUGAUAGUUUAGAGUCCUGGUCAUGCCUUUCUUCUACCUCCCUGCCUUGUAAUUUUUUUUAGAUAGGUAGAUCGAUAGAUAUAUAGAUAGAUAGGCGGGUUACUUUAUUGAUCUCCAAAGGGUAUUUGCAGUGUUGCAGCAGCAAUUCACAUAAAUCACAAAACACAAAUAAUCUAUACAAA